AUGGCAAACCUUCCACCCUCAUUUCUUCUUCUAGUACAUCUCUGCAUAUUGGAUUACCCUUAUGCAAACAAAUCAGAAUACGACCAAGAUCUCUUCAAUGCCACCACUCGCGGCCUGCGGGAGCGCGUCAAAACGAUGGAGGACGUGACGUACUUUCUCGUGAAUUCGAUAGUGGGUAAGAAGGAAGCGCGUCUGAUGUUGCCAUCGUAUCCCUGCAUGACACCAGCGGACAGCACGGCUUUCCGUGUAUCCCUAACCAAAUAUCUGGAGACUCUCAGAAACCACCACAGGGAUAACAAGUCUGAUAUCAGCCCUCCACUGGCAAGGGAAUCGGUGUCCGUAACAAUGUGGAAAGACACGCUUGUGCGCAAAUCACUUCUCGAAGAAUGUGCAGGGGAGAGAUUUGAACGGCUGAUACUGUGCUUUUCCACGCAUGCGAUCUUCCACCGUCUAAAGCGACCGUCCGUCUCCCGAAGUCUGGAUAAUGUACCAGAAACGGAUAAAGCCCUCCUUCGCUCCCAACCGUUGCAAUAUGCCUCACUUCUUGCUCUCUCCCAAGCAAAGCGAGUACACUGGCGGCGCCGAGAAGUGCUCAGUGGGGAGACCUCCCGCCUUUCAUUGUACGACGGGAUAUCGACCGAACGGAUGCACUCUCUGGCAGAGUCUAAAUACCGAGACCUUCUCAAGUACCAUACAGUAGAAGCAGAAGAUGGAACCGCCAGUCUUGAAUCCUUUCUUAGAAUAACAGGCAUCAAAAUCCCUUCUUCUGAGCUAGAAUCAGGUUCGCACCUCAUUGCAUCAUCUUAUGCAUUUGUCCCUCCGAAACAGCAGAAUAAAGCUGUGGUACCCUCACCUCUGCCAGUUGCAGCUGCUCAUCAUCCCGCAUACCUCAAAAAGUUGAAGUCGUCUAACUUCGUAGAUACCUCUGUGUCGGACGCAAGGGGAAACAACGCCAGAGAGUCUCGCACGUCGGAGCAAGCCCACUCUUACGCAUCGACCGCCGUGGCGGACGCGAUAGAAAACGAACGAGCAACUCAGCAAACUUUAUCUGCGGCUCUUAGCAAGGCCAAACGAGUGGGCCUCGAACUUGCAGCCCAACUCGAAGCACUGAAUAAUGGGCCCCCGAAACCUCUCGUAGCCUCUUCACUACUGCACCGUCCACACAACUCCAGUAUGCAUAUCAAUUUUGAGACAGAGUACACGCCCAAUCUCGCGAAGUCUCUUUCUCUAGAUACGUUUGACGAGCCUUCGAAUGAUCUAGAGUCUAGGAUUGACUAUAUCCGAACGGCGCUCCUCCCCAACUUUCCUGACAUUCCCUCGAUGCCCGAUGACGUCCCAAACAUCCUUGAGUCCCGUCUUCCACGCGCUGUUUUGCAACCUAAGAACGCGGAAGCGAGUAUCGGAUCAGAACAUACCCGCCAACAGCUCCCUAGAUCUACCAAAUCCAUUCGGUCCUCCCUCAUGCAAACACCUCGGCGAUCUGGAAAGUGGACGGAUGCAAGACCGCGGAAGCGCAGUGAAUAUGUCGUUGAUCUCAUCGACGGUAUUCAAGACGACUCCGUUUCCUUCGACGAAGACAAUCCUCUCGAAUUCUCUGUGGUAACACCCUCGCACCCUUUGCCUUCUGGCACACCUCUGAAUACUAGCCGGCGAGGGGGGCAGGCUUUAGCGAAUCUCGGAAAGAUGAUGAAGAAUCCCUCCUUCGCGAUGCCGAUCCGGGAAUUCGAGCUUCCUAGCCCGCUUGGAUCUGACCCCGAAGACCAAGGGCGCAGUGCAUCGGACCCUGGAGGAGCCGACAUUGACAUACCGGAAGAGCAACAGACGGACAGUGGUGAUCGAGCGAUUCGGGAAGUAGAUUCCGAAGAGUACAACGAAGGUCCGAGUAUGACGCUUCGUGAGAUUCUUUUGCAUGCAGAUACGACAUCGUACGACAUGAUUGGCAAUGAAGAAGAGACCCUCGAUGAAACAUUUGAUGAAUGGGAGUAG